GCCGCACCCAGCCGCGCCGGCGAGGACAUGGGCAGCAGCGGCGCGCCCGCCCCCCGCGCCGAUGUGAAUUAUUAAAGAGAAAAUGGCCCAACGGAGCACUGUAUUUCCUUCUCUUGUCACCGAGGAAAGGUAUAAUAUAUGGAAAAUAUGCAUCUAAGGCGAGUUAGAACUAUGCCCCGACACAGCCAGUCCCUGACCAUGGCACCCUACACAUCCGUAAGCCUAGUGGAACAGCUGGAAGACAGGAUCCUCUGCCACGAGAAAACCACGGCUGCCCUGGUGGAGCACGCUUUCCGGAUCAAAGACGACAUUGUCAGCAGCUUGCAGAAAAUGCAAAACAAAGGGGGAGGUGACCGCUUGGCCAGGCUUUUCUUGGAGGAGCACAUCAGAAACAUCACUGCCAUAGUGAAGCAGCUUAAUCGGGAUAUUGAGGUACUCCAGGAGCAGAUCCGUGCCCGGGACAACAUUAGCUAUGGAACUAAUUCUGCCUUAAAGACCCUGGAGAUGCGGCAGCUCUCUGGCCUGGGAGAUCUUCGGGGAAGAGUGGCCAGAUGUGACGCCAGCAUAGCCAGACUCUCUGCAGAGCACAAAACGACCUAUGAGGGGCUCCAGCACUUGAACAAAGAGCAGCAAGCUGCCAAACUUAUCUUGGAAACGAAAAUCAAGGAUGCAGAGGGACAGAUUUCUCAGCUUUUGAACAGAGUGGACUUGUCAAUAUCAGAGCAAAGCACCAAACUGAAGAUGUCGCACAGAGACAGUAACCAUCAACUUCAGCUUUUGGAUACUAAAUUUAAAGGUACAGUUGAAGAGCUCAGUAACCAGAUUUUAUCUGCACGGAAUUGGUUGCAACAGGAACAAGAACGGAUAGAAAAAGAACUUUUGCAGAAAAUUGAUCAGCUUUCCUUGGUUGUUAAGGAAAACAGCGGAGCCAGUGAGAGGGACAUGGAGAAGAAGCUCAGCCAGAUGUCAGCCAGACUGGACAAAAUAGAAGAAAGUCAAAAGAAGACUCUGGAGGUCCAGAGGACAAAGCAAGAAGAGGAGAAAGUACAUGGGCGCAUCAGUAAGCUGGAGCUGCAGAUGAACGAGGACCUGAAGGAAAUGAAAGCAGAAGUUGAUGCAGGGUUUACAGCCAUCUAUGAAAGCAUAGGAUCCCUCAGGCAAGUUCUUGAAGCUAAGAUGAAGCUGGACAAGGACCAGCUACAGAAGCAAAUCCAACAGAUGCAAAAGCCAGAAGCUCCCAUGUGAAGACUUGGGACAAGGACCUCAAGGGGGUUUUACCAGUGGGGCUCAGAACUGGAUACCUCUGUAGUCAGACUGCUGCUGCAUUCGGGAUUGUUCUCUUCAUGGCGUGCAUGUGCCAAGAAAUGUGUUUUCAUGGGUCUAAAUGUUUACCUUGAGUCUUGAAAACACUCUCUUUAAAAGUAUUAAAUACAAAUUUUUUACCA